UCAAAUCAUGAUCGGCCUCUGUCCUAUCGAAAUGCUUUCUUAACCCGCUCUCCGAAUAUGGGAUCUUCGCAAUCCCACUUCUUUUCGCGUGUGGGGUUCUUGAGCGUAACGCCUGGUUUAAUGUUAAUGUUUCCAUUUUAUUGUAAACAAAGAAGGCGCCAAGCAAGUGGUGCCAGAGGCGGGGUCGUGUUGGUCGACCAUAUCGGGUCAGCUAGUAGACAGGGCUCUUUUACGUGGAAUGGCAAGACUGAUGGGGGCAGGUUUAAGUUUAGAUCACGUUUGUGCAUCUCGAGGUUUAUUCCGCAGCUCACGAAAUUGUUCAGAAAUAUCUCGACGCUCUGAAGCUUGCCAUGCAGGGCAUGGGCUGGCUUCAGAGCAACCUCCGAAAUGAACUUUCCGGUCGUUCUUCAUGGUAGGGGAGCCCGUGGAACAUGAUGUCAACGUGUGUGUACGACUCAAUCCGGUCUUGAGUUCGGUAGUUACACUGGACUUCGACUUAGGGCAACCUUCACGAGUUAGGUUGAGUUGGCCUUCGUUGGCUUAAGAAACUCGCGUGACUUAAUUCCUGCAAUUGAAUUGGUGAAUUCUUCACGGCUCCAUCUUCUGUCUCGAUAGCACUUUUUCUUGCUCUAUAUGUGCGUGUCAGAGAGCGUGUGAGAAUUCGGGCGAUUUUAUGAACCAUGAUGCGGAGUUAUAGGAAUGAAACCGAUCAUGCCGCUGAGGUCAACAAGCAUGGGAACGUUCGCAUAUGUGAGACGGCGGUCUUAGUUCAGCCCAUUGCAGUGGCCUUCUGGCGUUUGUGGUAGCAACAGUUUGGGAUCUUGUUCUGAUUGGGAUUGUACACGCUGGAAUCUUUCGUUCUACGUCCAUUAAAUAUGGAUAGUUUAAUAAAGCUGGAGGUUGUACUCGCUCGAAGAACGGCCUGCAGCAUGACGCUGGAGGAAGGGUAUCCAGGAUUAUACAGUGUUUCUCGACGAAGAACUUGGCGUUCGAGUCGUGAUCAGUGCUAAAGCAGAUUCAACACCGCGACAUAUUUCCUGAGAGAGAUUCGACAUCCAAUCACCCCAGUGGCUACCAUCUGCAUCAAGAUGAAUCAAGUUAUGGCGGAAGGAUUAUAACCAGCCUCGGGGAAGCGCCUAACGCAAUAUGGCACCUAAGAAGGAUGCGGCCAAGACAGAAGACCCUCCAUUAUCCCCUCCUGCAAAAGAUACGAAAGCCCCUGCGAGCAAGAAAGAUGAUGCCAAAGACGCCAAAGCUCCAGGAGGCAAGAAGGUGUCUGUCAAACCAGCAGCAGAUGCCAAGAAAGGAUCAAAGACAGGAGAGGCACUUUUGGGACCUCCCGAGCCACCUCCUGAGGAUCCAGUGGUGACUCAAUUGAAAGCAGACUCUGAGGUUCAGAAGGCCGAGAUCAUAAGACUCAGAGAAGUGUUGAGCAUCAUUGGAAGUGGUGAGGGUGACGUACGGGAAGCUAAAAUCAUCGACUUGUUCAAGAAGAAUCGCUUUCUUAAUCUCUCUCUUGAAAAAGAAAGAGUAAGGGCAAGCAAGAUGGCCAAUCAAAUCAAAGUUCUUCAAGAAGAGCUACUCAACAAAGUAAAAGCUGAGAUGAGUCCAGAGUCUGAUAUUCCAGACUUUGGUCAGAAAAAAGAAGUUGUAGAAACUUGGGAAGAGAAGUACAAGAAGGUUCUGGCAAAAAUGCAAAAGAUUCAAGCCAAGAAAGAUAUGCUUGCCGCUGAUAUUCCUAAGCUACAGAAUAUAAUCAGACGGGAAGUUGGAGAACAUAUUCCCCUCAACAAGAUUCUUGAAGAGGGCACCACUUGGAGAGGAAGGAGUGAGCAAAUUGCUCUUUUGAAGGGCCAACUGGCGGAGUCCCAGAAGAGACUCAAUGAACUUGAGCCUAUUGCAAGUGGGGAAAGUCGACCAGCUACCUACAAUGAACAACGGAAGAUGGUGGAUCUUCAACUGAUGCAUCGAAAUCAGCUGGAAGCAGCAAACUACGAGCGAAGGAAAGAGCUUGGGAACCUAGCAACCAGCUAUAAUUUGCUUCGAGAUCAUUGGGAGAUGACCAAAAACAAACUCGAUAAGACUAUUGCUCGGAAAAAUAUUUUGGAAAUUGAAAUACGUGAUGCCAAGGCCAAGGUGGCAGUUUUAGUAAGCAAAAGUGAAAAUGACGAUCUGUUGAUCAACGCCCUGACUUUGGAGCUUGCAGCUGCUAGACAGGCUCUAGGACCCCCAUUCCCAAGACCUGGUGGACCACUUCAGCUGGAACAUCAUUAUCGGUGCAACAAAAUGGCAGCAACGUUGUCUGACCUCCAGUAUCAGUGUACCCAGCAAGAAAAGGAGAUCAAAUUGCAAGAUGACAUCCUCGACACUGUGCGAGCCACCGUAGUUGAAGCUGGCUCUGGAGAUUGGUGGAGCAGUAACUUGAAUGAAGACCCUUCGGAAGGUUCAACGAUUUCAGGGUGUACGGAAGAAACCAAGCCGACCGAGGGUACCUGAAUUUCACUAGAAGACAAAACCUUCGAGCAUGACGAUUUGUGAGUGUUCUGGAACAGUACGAGGCAGUACAGUGCGCACAAUAUCCCGGUCUGGCGCACCACUUUCAAUAUUGAGUAGUCCAUUUACUUCUCUCAGUUAUAUAAAGAUUAUCCAUCUCUUCCAGACAAGAGUGUAUCGAUUUACUUGUUCUCACAGGAGCUCGUCGCUUUGCAUCCAGCUGUGAUUCUUCUUCAUUGUGUUUAUCUACUUUGCAGGGCAGAGCUGUAGCUACUCUAAAGAAACGCUGCAUUCUCUGAAGCACUGCUUCACUAAGUUAUGGCUAAAGCACUGCUUUACUAGUUGCUUCACUAGCAUGCUCCUCUCAUGGUUCCGAUUGGUUUUCAUGGACAAUAAUUCAAGAUCAAUCACAUUGCUUCGACAGAAAAAUGAACGCUUUAGACAAUUUUGAUGAACUUCAACGAGAGUUUAAUUCAGCAACAAUGAGAGCUCUGAAACUACUCACGAUGUAAGGUCCUGUAGACCUGUUGACCAAGUUUACUAAAAGCUGAAUGGAAAUCAACUGGCUAUACACUGUGCACCUAUGUACAGUUUUCGGUCAUAUCCACAAAAUAUCGCAGUUUAAGGACUGGUGCUCGGGGCACAUGGUCUUGAGGAGCAUACAGACGUUACCAUAAUAAGAUGCAAAAGAAAUGAUUCUUCGAACCCUUUUUGAUUCCUCGAAACUCUGGCAAUAAUGGCACCUUCAGUAUCGCCAGCCUUAUCUUACUCCACAUCAAUAGACAACAGCAAAACUUCCUAUUGUGAUGCUUUGAGGUAACUGCUCUGCGGCGCUUACGUUUAGUAAAAUGAACUCUAAUUCACUCGCUAUUGCCGCUUGAGAUUCUAAUCUUUACAGGAUAUUCAUGGCACCACGUGACUGUUUUAACUAAAGUUGGUACAACCCUGACUUCCAUAACUACAUGAUUUUCUCUCGAGUGCGCUGGUCUGUUGAUACCAUCCCAGCUCUACUCUUUGUGUAAGAAUUCGUCAUUGCAGCACCCACCGAGAACUGGCCCCUUAUCGCUCGCCAAAGGGUGCCUGCAUGAGCUCGAACGC